AUGGCAACAAUCGAUGAAGACGACGAAUUUGAGGAUGCGUUUGAAGAAAUUCCGCCAAAAGUCCUCAAACCUGUUACUCCUAAGGUAAAGACUUUUUUUAGGCAAAAAAUAAUUUGUAAAUUUCAGCCUGAAAAUACUCCCCGACGUCCGAAAGAUCUCAAUGUCGCCGAUAGGAGCCGAAACACGCCGCUGGCUAAAUCGACAUCAAGCCAGUCACACUACUUUGCUUCUCCUAGCGUCAGCCACUCCACAGGCUCCGCUUUUGCUUCACCCGCGGUUAGUCAAGUUCCAGCAAGAAAAUAAAAGAAAAGUUUAAUAAUUUUACUUUUCCGGUUUUUUUCAUUUGUGAACUUAUCACACACUUUAAAUUUUUUGAAAAACGGUUAAGAAUAAAUCAAAAAAAAUUUGGUGACAUUUUCUUGAAACAUUUUUUGAUAUGAGAGAAUUCUAAGAAUUAAUUUAAAGCCAUUUGGGAUGCAUAUAGAAAACUGAAAAGGACUCACAGGUAACUGGGCGAGAAAGUGGAGCCCAUCGAGAUCGUUUGUUGGCGCUGAGAAGACGAAUGAAUGUGGAGUUCGGCGGUCGAGAAGCGAGUGGAGGGAGUAGUGUCCUUGGCAGCGAAGGCGACGACGCCUUGAGCACUUUGAGUGAAGCCACCAGUCUUCAUUCCUGGCAUCGUCACAUGCUUUCCGGUCCGGAAACCAUGGUUUUCUAUCCAAAUAAUAAAUAGCACUUUUCGUCUUCUAAUUCAGGUCGUCCAUGCUUCUGACAGCGUUAGUACGUGUGCGACAUCUCAUCCAGCCCGAUUCACGCCACAACCCAACCGCAUACCUUUCAGUCCUGACCCACCCUCCACAGAGUCCGAGGUGAGAAGGAUGACUACUUUCGUAACAUUUUCUUUUUUUUUCAGCAAAGACUAACUUCUCCUUGGGGUUCUACCGUCAAAAACAACGAUAUGAAUAUAACAAGAAACAGUCUGUCUCCCAUUGAUCGAUCUCCUGCUCAGGCUCCACCUCCUUUGCCUAGUCGGAGAAAUAUUCCGGUUUUUUUUAUAAUUUUUCUCUUUGAAUAAUCAAGUUUUCACAGACGCCUAAUCGUGUGCCUCCACCUUUGCCUCCGAGAAGCUCGAAUAUGCGCCUUCCUGAUCCGGUGUCGCUCGAACUAGCUCACAGGAUGAAAAUUUUGGAAGACGAAAAGUGAGCUUUGAAAGUGAAGCAGAAACCAUUGAAGUUUUUUUUAAGAGAAAACUCAACGUCCACUCCAAUAUCAUCACCUCUGGAACUACCAGCUAGCGUUUCUCAAUGCAACAGGUAAAAUAAAAGUGAAAGAGCAAUUUGAAUAAAACCGAAAUUUGAGGGUUUCAACGAAAUCGAAUGACUCUGUGGGAACUAUUUGUGAAGCUCAAAACGGAGAGGAAAAUCGCAAAAAAGGACAUAGCAAAUCAAACUCUUUAGACCGAGGAUUGACCUUGGCUAAAUCACUCAAGGUAACUAAUCUUCGUAUUACUUAAUAACAAUGUUUUUUAUAGUCCGGUCCAUUUCCUCCAACGGCUUCCAAAUCGAAUUCUUUGAAAAGACAAGAAGCGGAAGGCGAAGAAGAAAAAAGGAACAAUGACGCCGAGGUCGUCAUUCGAGAACUAACAACCACCCUUGCAGCCACUUCUCAAAAUACCGAUGUAUGAAUCUUUUUUUCCUGUUUAAAACAUCAAAAUAUCGUUACAGCGGAAGUUGGAACCGAUUUCAUCAUGCGCAUCAUCCUCGAUCUCCUCUCCUUCGAACAAUUCAUCCGAGAAGCAACAAUCAGCUCAAUGUGAAUCCUCAAGCAGACUACAAAAGUUUGAAUCACCUCUGGAUGACGCUUGGAAAACGAAAGCCCACGCAACUUUCCCAAGUACAACAAAAGAUCAUUCGGAUUCCUUCUCUUCCAUGCGAUACAGUCUGAUGAAACCAGCAAGAGAAACGGAGAAGGUGACUUUUUUAUAAAACACAAACAAAAGUCGAGAACUUUCUUGCAGGAAGGUCGAAGUAUGUCGGAUAACAACCUCAACAAACACGUCCGCAACAAAUUGUCGACGUCUUUCGAUCCUAUAGCUCAGGAUGUUGAGCGAAGACUGAGCAUGAAAAGAGAAGCAGCCGCGGCGGACGACAGGACCAGCAUCAGCUUGAGGUAGAAUCAAUGAGAAUGAAAAUCAAGAAAAAAGAAAUAUUUCAGCGACGACGACGCUCAUUCAAGGUAUUCGAUGGCUAGAUCAAGCAUUGACCACGCUAAGUCGCUUGCUCGGAACUCCGUUAUGUACGCAAGCGGUUUCUUUCGAGGGGCUUUGAAAAAAGUACGCAACGUCACUCACACAGGGUACAGUCAAGAAAAUAAAAACAAAACUAAGAAAUUAAUUUUAGUGGAAGUGCUCGAGAAGAAAUUGGCGAUGAGACGAGUGAAGGUGAGCAAAGUGAGGACGGGGUCGCUCCAGCGGUCGGAACAAUUGUGAGACCUCGAAAAACCAAAAAAGGACCUUUUGACUUUGAGCAGCUCACAAUUGAACAGGUAUUAAUAAAAGUUGACCAACCUUACUUGAAAGUUUCAGGAACUCGACAAUGAACAUACAGGAGCUGUGUGGUGUGUGCGCUUCAGCGUUUGCGGACGUCUUCUAGCAACAGCUGGACAAGAUUCUAUUCUUCGGAUUUGGGUGAUAAAAAGCCAUCUGAAGUAUUUCUCCGAAAUGCGUGAAAAGUGAUCGAAAUCUUCUUGUCGCUAGACAAUUUUCUCUUUAGAUACCACGCCAACAUGGAGUCUUCAGUAGAUGAUCCGAUGAGUCCUCUGGACAAUAUCGAUGCUUUCCGACCUCCAAGUUCUCUCGAGAGCGUUGUCAAUAGUGAGCAUGACAGAUUUAUUAGAACUCAAAUUUUUUUCAGACGAUUCUCCGACCGAUAGCGACGACGCUUCAAAACUCUUCGUAUCAAAACCAUUUGCAGUCCUUAAAGUUUCAUUUGCUUUCAUUUUUUAAUAAAAAAAAAUUGAAUUAAAGGGACAUACUGCCGACAUUCUGGACAUGUCGUGGUCGAAAAACUACUUCAUCUUAUCGUCUGGAAUGGAUCGGACUGUGAAACUUUGGCACAUAUCUCGUAGCGAAUGUUUAUGCUGCUUCCAACAUAUUGAUUUUGUUACCUGCGUGGCUUUUCUUCCCAAGGUAUUUGAGAAAUUACAACAGUGAAACGGAUAGAAUUAGGACGAUCGAUAUUUCCUCUCCGGUUCUCUUGACGGAAAAUUGAGGCUUUGGCACAUUCCUGACAAGAAAGUUGCCGUUUGGAAUGAAGUCCAGGUUUGAAGACAUAUUCUUUAGGAGGUCAUCAAAAAAGUUCUCAGGUCAAGUUCAUAACCGCCAUAACUUUUGUGAAAAAUGGCAAGUUUGCCGUAGUAGGCACUUACAAUGGACGUUGUUAUUUCUACACGACAGACGUAAGUUUUUUGGGAGUUAUAUGUUUAAUGAAAGAUGAACUUCAGCAAUUGAAGUACCACACGGUCGUCGAUGUCAGAUCUUCUCGGGGACGAAAUGCAAAAGGCCACAAAGUGACUGGCCUGGCUGUCCACGGGGACAAGCUUUUGGUGAGUAAUUCAAUUUCUAAAUGCGCGAUGUACUAGUUCAGAACCAAAAAAAAAAAUCCUCGUCUUUCAAUAAAAUAAAUUUUCACAAAUUUUUCAGGUGACUUCAAACGAUUCGCGUAUCAGAAUGUACGAUGUUCGCGAUAAGGCGCUUACAUGCAAAUUCCGAGGCGUGCAGAACGAACAUUCCCAGAUUCGCGCCGCAUUUUCCCCCGACGGGCGUCACAUCGUCUGUGGAUCUGAAGACAAGUGAGCUUGUCUUCAGAUAUCUCUUCAAAUAAACGAAAGUUCAGAUUCGUCUACCUCUGGAGAACCAGCGACUUGCCGUCAACGAUGAGUGUUCGGAAAGACAGAAACUCUUUGUGGGAGCGCGUGCGUGCUCACAACUCUCCCGUUUCUGUGGCUAUUUUCGCGCCAAGGCCUCAAGUAUGAAUAUAAAAUAAAAAUUGGGGAAUUUCAAAUUCUAGGUUUUCUUCGAUAUCAUGGACCGUUUCGAUAAGAAGUUUGGCCGUGAAGUCUCGGAAACCGAAAAGAACGAUGGUUCUGUGCUAACGGGACAGGUUAGUUCAUUUCAAAGGUGUUUUCUAUGGGCGAAAUUUUCAGGUGAUCGUGAGUGCCGACCUCAACGGCUGCAUAAAGGUGAUGGUGAACCGACCACGACAGACCAAAACCGGCCAAAGCACUUUCUUCUCUUCUUCCUCUUCAUAA